UUAACUCUGAGAUUGUUUACUAUGUAUAGAUCAGAUAAAAGGUUAUGAGCCCCGACAACAACGUCGACAGCAAGGAGUCCCUUGGUGUACCGAAACUCGAGCCCAAUGGCUCCAAUUGGUUUGGCCCCGAAACCCACUCCGACCCCAUCGCCAGGAACCACGCAGACUGCUGCACAAGCUGGAACAACUCUAGCCAUUCCCGCGAGGACUACAGCGUUGAAUCAAACCGACCAGGAAGCAUUGAACGCCUGGAUAAAGACACUGUCGCCGAAAUGUGGCAGCUGAUCGUUCAAGAGAACGAAAACAAGACCGAAUUGGUCCAGGCCGAACCAUAUCGACAAGCUCAGAGACAUGUGGGAGCAGCUGAGUGCUCGUGUCUCAGUUGUCAGCGGCUGCCUACCUAUCAUUGUGACUAAACGCCCCAACGUGAAAAACGAGAACACCGCCAUGUCCGCGAC